AAUGGGCACUCGCCGGUAUAAGAUCAGUAUAUCACCGAUAGUUGAGGGACAGUGCUGCGUGCUCCUGGCCGAGAAUGCGAUUAUGAAUUUGUAUCAGUUGAUUGCUUUCAGUUUCACUCUCACAACUUCGCUAGUAAUCGAGAGCAGUCCUAGUUUUAGUGCACACAUCCUGCAGCAUGUUAGGAGCAAAACUGCUUCCGAGGAUCAACAAUUAGCUGCAACUGAACUGAUCGGUAGAAUUAUUCCGGAACGAGCGAAGCAGUUUGUUGUAUUCGUUGACGGUAGUUUGAGGUUAAAUUCAUUUAAGUUAUUAAAAAACGGCGAAACAAACGGUAAAGUGAUCAUCACUGGUUCCACUGGAGUGGCUGCCACAAAGGGUUUCUAUCACUACCUGAAAUAUUUCUGUGGAUGUCAAAUCUCAUGGGAUGGUGAUCAGCUGAAUUUGCCACACACCCUUCCAGAUGUGAAUGUUAACGUAGAAGCUAUUAGCAGCAUAAUAUAUUACCAAAAUGUUUGUACAUGGUCCUACUCGUUUACCUGGUGGACGUGGACGGAAUGGCGUCGGCACAUCGACUGGAUGGCACUGCAGGGGAUUACGCUGAGUUUGGCACCUUUUCAGGAACAACUUUGGGCAGAAGUGUAUAGUGAAUUCAAUCUCACUCAGCAGGAAAUCGAUAACCAUCUCUCGGGACCGGGAUUUUUCGCUUGGCAACGCAUGGGUAACAUUCGAGGUUGGGGUGGUCCGUUAACGGAGCAUUUCAAGAAUUUCUCUUCUGUGCUACAGUCACGGAUCGUGCUGCAAAUGCGUCGGCUGGGUAUGGUUUUAGCACUUCCAGCAUUCGCUGGUCAUUUGCCAGUUCAGUUUGGGUGGCUCUACCCGAAGGCCAAACUUAGCCCGGUAGAAGUUUGGAACAGAUUCCCUCCACAAUAUGCUAGCCCAUUGUUUUUGGACCCAGUUGAUCCGCUGUUUCAGGAAAUAGGAUCCAUGUUUUUGGAGAAGACGAUUGCUCGCUACGGAACCGAUCACAUCUAUUUCAGCGAUCCUUUCAACGAGAUUCAACCACGAUCUUCAAGUGCCAAGUAUUUGGCUGAAGCUGCCGACGGUAUUUAUCAGGCAAUGGUGACAGUUGACCCGUUUGCUGUUUGGCUGCUUCAAGGGUGGAUGUUUGUGAAAAAUCCAUUUUGGAGCGAUCGUGCCAUUAAGGCGUUCCUGACGGCAGUUCCCAUUGGGCGGAUGCUGGUGUUGGACUUGCAGUCGGAGCAAUUCCCGCAGUACGGAAGGACCAACUCCUAUCAUGGGCAACCGUUCGUGUGGUGUAUGUUGAGCAAUUUUGGAGGGACUCUGGGAAUGCUCGGGUCGGUUGAUAUUGUGUUCGGGAGGAUUCGUGAGACCAGGACUAAUGCGAAUAUGACCAUGAUUGGAACUGGAAUAACACCCGAAGGGAUCAAUCAGAACUAUGGUUUGUAUGAAUUUGCGCUGGAGAUGGGAUGGAAUUCAGACAUAAACGAUGCGGGACAGUGGUUUCGGAAAUACGCUGCCUGUCGGUAUGGAAGUGACGACGAACAUCUGCAGGAUGCGUGGAGUGUGUUUAAGUCAACGGUUUACUCUUUUAAAGGAUUACAGCUGAUGAGGGGCAAAUACACGUUCAAUCGACGGCCUAGUUUGAAACUUCAUCCAUGGAUUUGGUAUAACGAAACACUGUUCAGCGAAGGUGUUGAACUUUUGCUAGAAUCGAACGCUACCAACGCACUGUUUCGCGCCGACGUGGUUGAUGUGACGCGCCAAUUUCUCCAGAACAUAGCCGAUCAAAUCUACCUAACGAUAAUGGAAGCCUACCAAUCGAAAAACUUGACUUCGCUACAGCUUUCCUCACAUCUCUUUCAAGAGCUUCUGGUCGACAUAGAUCGGUUGCUUAGAUCCGAUACUCAUUUCCUUUUGGGAAGAUGGUUGGAAUCAGCCAGAGCGAUUGGACAAACUAGCCUGGAAUGUCAAAAGUACGAGUACAACGCACGGAACCAAAUUACACUCUGGGGACCACAGGGACAAAUUGUGGACUAUGCCAACAAACAGUGGGCCGGUAUGGUGCAGGACUUUUUCCUUCCUCGCUGGAAAUUAUUUUUGCAAGAGUUGGAAUGGGCUGUCGCAUCGAACAGUUCGAUCAACGAAAUUAAGGUAAAGAAUAAAAUCUUUCGAGUGGUAGAGCUACCAUUUAAUACCGACAAUAAACGGUACUUGGUGGAAGCAGAAGGAGAUUCGUUGAUGAUCGCUAGAGAAUUGUUUCAUUUAUGGCGUCAGCGUAGAGGGAAGCUUAACGCUUUGCCAAGGGUAAAGACAAAUGUGCAGAAGAAAACAACGAAGAUGCUAAAUCGAUAGUGUGGAAAAUACAG